GUUAGUAUUUAUCCUCCAUAAGAAUAGGCCAACGGGUUCCGCGGGGACUCCAAACUCUCUACAAAUGCCAUGCCAGCGAUAAGGUUGCUCGUUUGCUUGAGAGUGAAAAAUUCCAUGCCCAAGGACGAUGGCCGAAUUGGACGCGCAAUGGAGUGGAUGCCAGACGCAUGGUGACGCGAGCGCCGAUGGGGUAAAAGCUGCAAGGAGACGUAAUUGGGCCUCGUGCCUUGCGUUAGCAGCUGACAAAAUAAUUGAAAAAAAAAAAAAUUUGUUGCAAAGAAGUAGAUUGGACCGAUUAUUGAGGCCAUCAUCAGUUUUGCAAGUCGCCUACAAUGCUCUACUAUUGCUACUGUCACCGCAUUCAUGUGUGUUGUUUUAUGGUCGUGGCUGUGUAGAAUCUGCUGCAUGCACGAUUCCACGAUCUAAGCCGGUCAAGGGCUGUGCUGUUCCCGCGGUCUUCGGUUCUCUCCAUUCUCUACGCUGUGCCUGGCAGCUGUGGACUAGGUAUAGCAGCAUUAGGAAAAGCCCACAUGUGCGCUCCCAAAGAGGAAAGCUGUAUGCAAACCACUCCCCGGUUCUUUUUUAGUUAUGCUUGUUUAAUUUGUUUUUUCCUUGUUCCAAUCUUUUGAGCUAUCAGCCCUGUUGGCGAGAUUGGUCAGAAAAACGUCGAGGCCGCGAAGGCCAUUGCGUAGGUCCUGCGGGAGAAUUCGUCACCGUUAC